AUGGAGGAUUCUGAUAUGCGCAACACAGAUGCCUCCGAUACAGAGGAUGUGUCUUGUGAUGAAUAUGAAAUGGCCCGGUGCAUUAAGUCUCUCCUACCCCGGCCCCUGAAUCUCCCUAUAUCUAGGAUAUCUCCCUGGCGUUCUCACCUCCUCCAGGAUUCUAAGUCUUUUCCUGAGCUUGCACAGGUAACUAGGAUGCGCCAUGUGCUUGCUGUUGCUAUGGAUGACACCAGCAGAGCUUUUACCAGCCACACAGAUAGUGAAGAGCAGAAAGCAAUGAUUGAUAGAAAGCGUGUAUAUGGGUGGGGCAUGGGGGAAUUAUUGAAUAGGCUAGCUGUGCUUAUGAUAAUUAAGAAUGAAAAAGGUUUUAGAAUGGCAUAUUCCACGUUUGAUCAGGGACUUGUCAGUAUUUCCGAACUGCACCCUAAUCUUUCUCGCCCAGUGGAUAUUGGGUUAGAGAGAUACACAUUCAGUUUUACAAUAAGAGAUUCUCCAACAUCGUUUAUAAAUGCAUCUUCCUGGGGAAGAGAGGAAUACAUAAAGUCUCUUUCUGCCAGUUUCCGUGUUGGAGAUUGUGUUAGAAUUGAAAAUCCACUUGUACAAACAAAAGAUGUUGAGCGAGAAGAAAAAUUUAAUCCUUCAACACCGAGUUAUUACAGAUUGCUAAUUAGCGAAGUUCAUUCCGUAGUCAGUGUUUGCUCCCAAUAUGAAGUGAACAACACUCUCCUGUCUCUAAUGCAUCUUCCUACCAAAGACUCACAAGAUUACUACUCAUUGGGUGACAUUGUGGCGAAUGGGCAAAGUCUCAAUGGGAAAAUUAUUAAUGUUCUUGCAGCAGUAAGAUCGGUUGGCGAAACCAAAUGUUUUACUACUUCCGACAAGAGAAGAGGUCAGAGAUGUGAAGUAAAACUGUUUGAUGAAAUUAUUUCCUCAUUUGGGAUGAUAUGCUGGGACAAUGAAGCCAUCCAAGUAGCACAAACCUGGGUACCGUGUGAAACAGUAAUUUUCGCAUCUGAUGUACGAAUAAAUUAUGAUACCUUCCGAAAUUCUAUGGUGGCAACUGUGAUAUCAAAAACUAUAUUCACAACAAAUCCAGAAACUCCAGAAGCACAAGCACUGUUGAGAUAUGCACAAGACUGCACAGAAUCUGGAGCCUUUUUUGAUGAAAAUGAGGAAUUGUCCAAAGAGUCCUUAAAUUGUAAGUGGAAAACGUCAGAGAAAUAUAACUAA